AAGGAUGGGUCGCGUGGAAGGGGAGAAACGCGAGUCGUGACGUGGGAUUUCUGGACUUGUGCAAGCGCCCAGUCUGGACGACUCUUCGGUGGAAUCACGCCGACCGAAAAGAGUUACAUUCCACGUCAAACUGCAAACAUGGACCCUUACCUCUAUGCGGUCACCGCAAGAAGGGCAGACUCCGUGUCUCAUGUCCUGAAGGGCAACAUCACCGGUCCAACCGACGUGAACGUUGUCGUGAGCAAGUUCACCCAUAUUGAGAUAUACAUUCUGGAGCCGGUCGGGGAUGAGAAUGAGAAUGAGAGGGACUUGCGCUUGGUUUUGGAUGCGCCCAUCUAUGGGCGGGUGACGACGGUCAAUAAGUGCCGGCUGCCGGGCGCGACCAUCGAUUCACUAGUCAUAUCCACCGAACGCCACCAAUUCAUCGUCGUCACCUACGACCCACAAACCAACUCACUAAAAACAGAGAUAGUAGACGACGUGAAAGACCCCAGCGCCCGCGACAACGAUUACGAGCACAUGUGCAUCAUCCACCAGGGGAUGCAUCUGGCGGCCUUGCACGCCUACCAGGGGCUGUUGAAGAUUAUCGGCAUCGGCGGCAACCCGAAGAAAUAUCCGAAUGCGCGGAAGAAAAGGAGGCUGGUGGAGGCUGUCGGAGUGAAUCUGAGAUUAGAGGAAUUGUCGAUCCUGUCCAUACAGUUCCUGCUCACGGAUGCAGAGGACAGCGGAAAACCUGUGCUGGGUGUUUUGUACCAGGACGCGAAGGCGAAUAGGCAUUUCAAGACUUAUGUUGUGGAUCUGGGACGGGCGGAGCUGAAAGAGUAUACCCUGAUGGCACGGAAUGUGGAGGCUAAUGCGAAGAUGAUGAUACCUGUCCCGAAAGCCAGCGGCGGAGGUGUGAUGAUCGUCGGAGAGCAAACCUUAACCUUCGUCAACCCGGGGGGAACUAUGAGCGUACCGAUACGACCGACAGUCAUGCAAUGUUGGGAUAUGCUCGACGCGGAAGGCACCCGCUAUCUUCUAGGCGACUACACUGGCCAAAUAUGGGUCGUGGCACUCACGGUAGAGAACGGGCAGAUGAAAGACGUCGCCAUCGACCCUUUAGGGGAGACGUCAAUCCCGUCCGCAAUAGCAUACCUAUCCCACAGCUACACGUUCGUCGGGUCACACUUCGGAGACUCGCAGCUGGUGCAACUGUCGCAGCAGCCCAACGGCAGGGGGAAUUUCGUGGAGGUUGUCCGGGAUUUUCAGAACUUGGCACCAAUUACGGAUUUCUGUGUUGUGGAUGUUGAGAAGCAAGGGCAGGGCCAAGUCGUGGCAUGCUGUGGCGGGUACAAGGAUGGAUCACUACGCGUGGUCCGAAACGGGGUGGGGAUCGAAGUCCUGGGAUCGUUGAACGAUGUACCGGAUUUGACGGGGAUAUGGUCGUUGCGAUCGUCGUUUGACUCAAAAGUCGACGACGCAUUAGUGCUUUCAUUCGUGGGCGAAACGCGGCUGCAGGCGAAAGACGAGGAAGGCGAUCUUGGGCCCGUUGAGGGGGCUGAUUGUGGGGGAUUUCGGGUUGGGGAGAGUACCCUGGCGUGUGGGAAUAUUGUGGGGGACCGGAUUGUACAGGUGACAUCAACCACAGUCCUUGUGUUGGCCUGCAAGACAUGGCAGCUUCUCUUCACUUGGUCGCCACCGAACGGCAUGCGCAUUCAUCAUGCCUCAAUCAAUCCAACACAAGUACUACUGGGUUUGUCAGAGGGCCAUUUGGCGUACCUGGAACCCGACGGUACGGGAUUGCAACUCAAGAGCCAAACUAAACUGGAAUACGAAAUCUCAUGCCUCAACAUUAACCCCCUGGAAUCUAAAUCGGGCCACCGGGCGGAUGUUGCGAUUGUGGGGCUUUGGACGGAUAUGAGUAUACGCACUUUGGAGCUUCCUAGUCUCAAUGUCAUCGAGAAGCAGAUAUUGGAGUCUGGCAUGAUUCCGCGAUCCGUGCUUUCUGUAACCAUGGGAGCUGCCGACUUCAUCAUGGCGGCGUUAGGCGACGGACAUCUGUACAUAUUCCAAUUCGACGCCACGAACCGAAGACUAGGUCAAAAGAAGAAAGUCUCCCUGGCCAGCCACCCGAUCUCCCUGUGCGCUUUCAAAUCGAACGGCAACACUUGCGUCUUUGCUGCGUCUGAUCGCCCGACUGUGAUUCAUUUGAGUAAUGAGAAGUUGUUGUACUCGCCUGUUAACCUCAAGGAAGUAACCCACAUGUGCGCCUUCUCAUUCGACGCCGAAGCCCUCGCUCUCGUCACAGAAGGCUCCCUAAAAGUUGGCACAGUAGAAGCGAUCCAGAAAUUACACAUCAAGAAGAUCCCACUCGGGGAAGUCGCCCGUAGGAUUACUCAUCAGGAGCAGUCCGGCACGUUUGGGAUCUUGACCAUGAAGACUGUGCAGGAUGAGAGCGGGCUGGAUGAGGAGGAACGCUCGUUUGUGAAGGUUUUGGAUGAUCGGACUUUUGAAGAACUGGAUGCACACCGAUUCGACACCUUCGAAUCCGUCGAGUCCAUCAUCUCCAUAACAUUCAACGACGACGAUAAAGAGUUCUACUGUGUAGGCACCGCCCUUGUCUUACCGGAGGAGGACGAACCUACGAAAGGCCGCAUUACCGUCUUUGAGGUCACUCCGGAGCGAAAGCUGAGGAUAGUGGCGCAGGUUGAGACCAAGGGCUGCGUGUACUGCCUUGCGACGGUUUCUGGGCGGUUGUUGGCGGGUGUGAAUAGUCAGGUCCAACUCUACAAAUGGGAAAGCUCCACCGACACCACACCCCCCACCCUCACCCUCAAAUCCACACACCACGGCAACACUCUCGUCUACGCCCUCGCCGUCCGCGGCGACUUCAUCCUCGUCGGCGACCUCAUGAAAUCCAUGAACGUGCUCUCCUUCACCCGUGACGAAGAAUCCAUCGACCUGAUCGCCCGCGACGCCGCGACGAACUGGAUGACCGCCGUCGCGGCGCUCGAUGAUGAUUUGUAUAUCGGGAGCGACCAUAAUUAUAAUUUGUUUAUGGUUAGAAAGCAGAGCGAUGCGGCGUUGGAGCAUGAGAGGAGGCGGUUGGUCGGGUGUGGGUGGUUUCAUGUGGGGGAGCAGAUUAAUCGGUUGAGGCAUGGAUCCCUGGUGAUGAACAUCGUAGACCACGAACCCAUCGCCAAGCCGCUGCUAGUCUACUGCACCGCGGCCGGCGGGCUGGGCAUCCUCGCUGCAGUAGACAAAAAGACACACGCCUUGCUUGAAGGCGUCCAGGAGAACAUGAGCGCUAUUGUGAGGCGGGUGGGCGAUUUACCGCAUGAGAAAUGGCGCCGCUUCGACGACCACCGCGGCCACAUCCGCUCCAGCUCCAACUUCCUCGACGGCGACCUCAUCGAGCAGUACCUCGACCUGCCGCGCGAGCUCAAGGAGGCCGUCGUCAAGGGCACGCGAACGAAUUCCGCGGGCUCUGUGGCGGCGACGAAUAUGGUUGAUGAUGAGAUGCUGUCCCCGAGGGAGGGGGGUGCGUUGAGGAGGCUGGAUGUGGGUGUGGAGGAGCUGGUGAGGAUUGUGGAGGAGUUGAGUAGGGUCCAUUAGGGGUAACUAGCGUGCCCCGUGCGGGCAGCGACGAGGGGAUAGGUAUGAGGUUUUGUGAGUAGUUUUUGCAGUAUCAGGGUAGGCUUGCGCACGAACGAAUUAGCCGGCGUAUUUCCCUCCGUUGCCAUUCAUCGGGAGAGUUUUGAUCGUGAGAAAAAAUAUGAAUAAAUCAAAA